AUGUCGCAACAACAAGAUAUGGCCCUCCACCUUGUUGGAGUUGGUGUCACACAUUCAAUUGCACCAGACAUGCACAACUAUAUUGCUAAGUCGCUCGGUCUUCCAUGGACAUUUCAUGCAACUGAGUGCCCGACAGCAGAAGAGCUCGUCAAUCUAGCCAAGGACCCUACCACUGCUGGUCUUGUUGUCACGAUGCCCUACAAGAAUACAAUCAUGGAGCAUCUCUGUGAGCCGGAUGAGCUAGCGACCAUCAUUGGCGCAUGCAACAACGUUUUCUACAAGGAUGGCAGUCCCAGACGGCUCUGUGGUACCAACACUGACUGGCGAGGAAUUAAAGGCUGUCUGCUCGAGAAAGGCUUGGAGGAGGAAAGGCCGUCUGUAACAUUCCCCGCAUCGGCCUUGAUCGUUGGAGCUGGAGGUGCAAGCCGCGCGGCCGUCUACGCUCUUACAGAGCACCUUAACUGUCCCACGAUCUACGUCCUGAAUCGAGAUGAGGAGGAGGUUGUCAAUCUCAUCCGGGAUUCACGGAAGCUCCCAAAUAUCCCGAGCAUCAUUCAUGUCAAGACAUUAGAGCAAGCAGAGAAACUGUUGAGUCCUUACUAUGUUAUCGGCACUGUACCGGAUCUUGAACCCAAGUCACCAUCUGAGUUUACAGUCGCUUCUAUGUUGAAGCAUUUCCUUUCGCGAGCAGAGAAGGGAGUGUUGCUUGAUAUGUGUUUCAAGCCGAGAAGAACCCGGAUGAUCAAGUUGGCAGAGCAGUUGGGAUGGCCUUGCGUUGAAGGAACACAUGUUAUUGGAUACCAGAUUGAGGAGCAAUGGCGGUUAUGGGCCGGAGAGGAACUCUGUAAGAAAAUGGACCAACAGGGCGCUUGGAAUGUUCUUUUGAAGGCUGCGGAAGAAAGCAAGGGCAUCAACUUCUAG